AUGGAUUUUGCAAAGCGUUGGUGUAGAAAAUUAAAACCAAAAGAUAAACCUAAAUCUUCACAGAAAAAGGAAGUUCGAAGUUAUGGAAAAGAAGGUCAAAGAGUAACAAGUGAAGAAGCACCUUCAAAUGCUACUAAACAGAAGGUUGAAGCUGCUAAACAGUAUAUAGAAAAACACUACAAGGAGCAAAUGAAGAAUCUUAAUGAAAGGAGGGAAAGGCGUAAUGUACUUGAGAAGAAAUUGGCUGAUUCAGAGGUCUCUGAAGAAGAACAAAACAAUCUCCUUAAACAUCUGGAGAAGAAGGAAACAGAAUAUAUGCGCCUUCAGAGGCAUAAAAUGGGUGCUGAUGAUUUUGAGCCAUUGACAAUGAUCGGAAAGGGUGCAUUUGGAGAGGUUAGAAUAUGCAGGGAGAAGACAACUGGAAAUGUGUAUGCAAUGAAAAAACUUAAGAAGUCCGAAAUGCUUCGUAGAGGACAGGUUGAACAUGUGAAAGCAGAAAGGAACCUACUUGCAGAAGUUGAUAGCAAUUGCAUUGUUAAGCUUUAUUGUUCAUUUCAAGAUGAAGAAUUUCUGUACCUCAUAAUGGAAUAUCUACCUGGUGGAGAUAUGAUGACAUUACUCAUGCGAAAAGACACAUUAACUGAAGAUGAAGCUCGGUUUUAUGUUGGUGAAACUGUUCUUGCAAUCGAAUCCAUUCACAGACAUAAUUAUAUUCAUAGGGAUAUUAAACCUGAUAACUUGCUCCUUGAUAAAUCUGGACACAUGAAACUAUCAGAUUUUGGAUUAUGUAAACCAUUAGAUUGCAGUAAUCUUCAAGAAAAAGAUUUUUCUUCUGCAAAUAAUUUAAGUGGGGCCCUUCAAAGUGAUGGGCGCCCUGCAAUGCCCAAACGCACUCAACAAGAGCAAUUGCAGCAUUGGCAGAGGAAUAGAAGGAUGCUUGCUUAUUCAACUGUUGGCACACCUGAUUAUAUUGCUCCUGAAGUUUUACUGAAGAAAGGAUACGGAAUGGAAUGCGAUUGGUGGUCUCUUGGGGCUAUCAUGUAUGAAAUGCUUGUUGGAUACCCACCCUUCUAUUCAGAUGAACCAAUGUCCACCUGUAGAAAGAUAGUGAAUUGGAGAACUCAUUUGAAAUUUCCCGAAGAGGCAAAAUUGUCACCAGAGGCAAAAGAUCUCAUCUGUAAACUUUUAUGCAAUGUUGAAAAGAGGCUUGGGACCAAAGGUGCUCAUGAAAUUAAGGCACAUCAAUGGUUCAAGGGUAUAGAUUGGGAGAAGUUGUAUCAAAUUGAAGCUGCAUUUAUUCCAGAAGUGAAUGAUGAGCUGGAUACCCAAAAUUUUGAGAAGUUUGAGGAGGGUGACAACCAAAUUCCUUCUUCAACAAAAUCAGGUCCUUGGAGAAAGAUGCUAUCUUCAAAAGAUGUGAACUUCAUGGGGUACACCUAUAAGAACUUUGAAAUUGUAAAUGAACAUGAAGUUCCAGGAAUCGCUGAGUUGAAGAAGAAGAGUACAAAACCUAAGAGGCCAACAGUGAAGUCACUUUUUAAAGAAGAAACGGAUUCAACUUCCUCUCAACAAACACAAGGAAGCUUUCUUAACCUCUUGCCUAGGCAACUAGAAGUCUCCAAGAAAGAGGAGUCUAAAUGAAUUGUUAUUUCUUAUGUGUUGAUAAGAGUCACAUAGCAAUAGUUUAAAAAAAAAAGGAAAAACAAUGUGUUUACUUGUGGGUAAAUACAGAAUGAAAGAUGUGGAUUUGCAAGUUUGUUUCGAUUUGCUUGAUAUUUUUAUGGGUUUGGAGCUUUUUUAAUUUUUUUUUUUUGGAGUUUUGGGGUGUGGUUGUAAAUUGGUUUCAUGGAUUGUGUAUAUUUGUUUUUAGUUUUACUACUUGUAAUUGGUGUGCAACUUAAAUCCAAUUGUGAGAGUAACAAAAUUAUGGGAU